AGAAGAGAAUAUUGGAAGGGAAAAUUGACAGAUUUCAACUAGUAAAGCAGAAGCAAAGGUAGAACAAAAGAUUGACUGCCUUUUUUCUCUCUUCUUCUACGUAUUUCUUCCACCUGAAGCACGGAGCGUCUCUGGACCACAGCACUGCGAGAGACAGACCCUCUAAAGAAAAGAAUAUUGGCUCAAGAACCACAGAAAGAAUUUGAGAAAACAGCUUGUCUUCAGAGGAAGAAGACAUGGGUAUUCUCAAAGACGAUGUGGUCAUCAUUAGGUCGCCGGAGAAAGAAGGUGGCCCUAGUAUUGUCACCGUGAAUUGCCCUGAUAAAACUGGGUUGGGCUGCGAUUUGUGCCGCAUCUUGCUCUUCUUUGGUCUAAGCAUUGUUAGAGGGGAUAUAUCUACUGAUGGGAAAUGGUGCUACAUAGUGUUUUGGGUAGCGACCAAAUCGUCUGCAAGAUGGGAUUCCUCAAGAUGGGAACUUUUGAAGAAGAGAAUGGUGGGGGCAUGUCCUUCCUGCUUCUCAGCAUCUGGAAUUUCCUAUUACCGAUCAGAAUUGCAGUCACCAAAUCCUCCUGAUGUGUUUCUGCUCAAGCUUUGUUGUUAUGAUAGAAAAGGGCUUUUACACGAUGUGACAGAAGUUUUAUGCAAGCUUGAGCUCAAUAUAAAGAAAGUAAAGGUGUCUACAACCCCAGAUGGAACAGUGAUGGACCUCUUCUUCAUUACAGACACCAGGGAACUAUUACAUACAAGGAAGAGGAAGGAGGAAACCUCUAAAGCCAUAGGCGAAGUUUUAUCGGAUAACAUGAGAAAAUGUGAGAUAGAAAUGGUUGGCCCUGAGAUCGCUGCUUGUUCGACAACGUCUUCAUUUCUCCCAACUGUGAUAACAGAAGAUAUUUUUCCCAUGGAAAUUUCCAAUGAUCUUCCAAGUGUAGCUCUAGCCAACAGUGUUUCGGUUGUUAUGGACAACUCUCUCAGUCCUGCUCACACGCUUGUUCAAAUUGUUUGCCAAGAUCACAAAGGUCUUCUUUAUGACAUAAUGAGAACUCUAAAGGAUUACAAUAUUCAGAUUUCUUAUGGGCGCUUCUAUAUUCUACAUGGAAAGAAGUGUGAGAUUGAUUUGUUUAUCAUGCAAGCUGAUGGUAAGAAGAUUGUUGAUCCCGGCAAGCAGAGUGCGUUAUCCUCUCGUCUACAGAUGGAACUGCUCCAGCCGCUCAGAGUAGCUUUGGCGAGCCGUGGUCCUGAUACAGAGCUUCUGGUUGCUAAUCCUGUCGAGUUUUCUGGGAAGGGUCGACCUCUUGUUGUUCAUGAUAUUACCCGUGCUCUCAGGAUGCUUGAUACUUGCAUCUUCUCGGCUGAGGUCGGGAGGCACAUGAUUGGAGAUCGGGAAUGGGAAGUCUACAGAGUUCUAUUGGGUGAAGGGGAUGACUCUUCUAUUCCACGAGCCAAGAUUAAGGAAGAAGUUUGGAAAAUGUUGAUGGGAUGGGAGUAACCAUGUAAGGAUGAUGUGUUGGGUGUAACAACGUAAAGUUGAUUUGUUGGUAGUAACCAUGGCUGCCAUGUGGUUCCUCUUGGAUGGAAAUGGCUCCUUGUACAGUACCUCUGAUCUGCCCCCAAUGCCUAUAGAUGUAAAUUAUCAGUUGUAUGCUGUUAAAAUCCCCAUCUUACAGUUGCAGCUUUUGUGGGACUAACUUCAGCAUGAGGAUGAGGAGUUGACAGCAAGGAGAUAAGGAAAUAGUAAAGCUUUCUUGUCAACUUUGGAAAAUUAUGGAACAGAAGUUAGAAUCCAUUCACAUUUUAUGUAAAUAUCUCUUCUGUGGGUCAGUUGAGAUAAUAUCAAGCAAUCCGACAAAUCGUCUGUAUUUUGUGUUCCCCUUUCUUGUGCAUAAAUUCUGUGUAGAAAAGGCUGUUGGAGUAGCAUUUUACUGUUUCCGCAUCAUUAAAUCUGCCACGUGAUACUAUGGUGCCACAAAAAAAAAUCUUUGCUCUGAUCUUUUCUCCCAGCUUUGUAACAUUUUCCUUUGUGUACUGAUGUUGGUGUCUCUAUUGUCUCAAUCAUUUCAGAAUGUAAGGGUUGUCAUUUUGCAUUCAA